AUGGAGGGACCGGGGCUCGAGCGCUGGCCGGCGGAGCAGGGCGCGGACGAGGUGGCCGUCAAUGGCCACGAGCGAGCGGAGUCCAGUGGCGCCAAGAAAAAGAAGAAAAAGAAGAAGAAGAGCAAGCCUGCGACUUUGCCAGGACAAGCUGAACUGGGGGAGGAUGGAGAAGGCGAUAUGAGAGAGCCGUUGGAGCAGCAGGUCCUGGAGGACAGAGAACGGGACGAAGAUGGAGAAGAAGACGGAGACGAAGGGGAGAACUCCGCAGGGAAAAAGAGGAAGAAGAAGGCAAAGAAGAAGAGAGGCACUAAAAUGCAGACCGAUCCUCCCUCCGUACCAAUCUCUGAACUCUACCUGAAUGGAAUGUUUCCAGUAGGACAGGAGUGUGAAUAUCCUCCCUCACAGGAUGGGCGGAGUGCAGCAUGGAGGAUGAGCAGCAAGGAGAAGCGGGUGCUGGAUAGGGCAAGCGAAGAAAUGUGGAACGACUUCCGGCAGGCGGCUGAGGCCCACAGGCAGGUGCGGCAGUAUGUCAGGAGCUGGAUUGAGCCGGGCCUGACCAUGAUAGACAUUUGUGAACGUCUGGAGGAGUGCAGUAGAAGGUUGAUAAAGGAGGACGGGCUUAAGGCGGGUUUAGCGUUUCCCACUGGCUGUUCUCUCAAUAAUUGCGCAGCACACUAUACACCCAAUGCCGGCGACUCCACUGUGCUGCAGUAUGAUGAUGUGUGCAAGAUUGACUUUGGCACACACAUAAAUGGAAGGAUAAUUGAUUGUGCUUUCACAGUCACCUUUAACCCAAAGUAUGACUGUCUGCUUGAGGCUGUAAGAGAUGCCACCAACACAGGAAUCAAGUGUGCUGGCAUAGAUGUGCGCCUCUGUGAUGUUGGAGAAUCCAUACAGGAAGUUAUGGAGUCAUACGAGGUGGAGUUAGAUGGCAAGACAUACCAAGUGAAGCCAGUUCGCAAUCUAAAUGGCCACUCCAUUGGUCCGUAUCGGAUCCACGGAGGCAAAACAGUGCCCAUUGUAAAGGGAGGUGAAGCCACUAGGAUGGAGGAGGGAGAGGUUUAUGCUAUUGAGACGUUUGGCAGCACCGGAAAGGGAGUGGUGCAUGAUGACAUGGACUGUUCCCAUUACAUGAAGAAUUUUGAUGUAGGACAUGUCCCAAUCAGGCUGCCGAGAGCCAAGCACGUGCUCAACGUGGUGAACGAGAACUUUGGUACGCUGGCAUUCUGCCGCCGCUGGCUUGACCGCCUGGGGGAGUCCAAGUACCUGAUGGCCUUGAAGAACCUGUGCGACCUGGGCAUCAUCGACCCGUACCCCCCGCUCUGUGACAUCAAGGGCUCCUACACGGCACAGUUCGAGCACACCAUCCUUCUCAGGCCCACGUGCAAGGAGGUGGUGAGCCGAGGAGAUGACUACUGACCCAUGUCUGCUCGGAUGUGUCGGCUGUACUAUGCAAGAAGAUGAGGGAAGUCCCAAACUUGCACAUGCCGAACGAGACACACGCUUACACAAAUGCGCACACAGAAGUAGAAACUACCUUAAAACCACUUUGCUCUUCAGCAGAGAGCAACUGGACCCUGCUGUUGUGUAAAUAACUCAUCCAGGUUCUGCCGCCACUGCGUGCUUCUGCAACCUUCCGCAUGAAAGCUGUAUGAACUCUAACCACCACGGCACAUUAGGCUGCCUCUCCCUGGCGCCUCUGCUCCGCCUUGUGUCCAAGAUCGCUUCAAAUGCGUUAAAGGCUGAGGCAAUCUCAGUGGUGCGCUGACUUCCGGAAACUUGGCCCCGAAUGAGGUGAAAAGAAAAAGAAACUUGUGCAGUCCCCACAUCUCUGUUCCAGUGGUGGGAGGUGGUUUCCCUGCUUUCACACGCCCAACUCCGCUCACAAAGGGCUUGAUGAUUAACUGAUUUGUUGGAUUUGGUGUGACAAAGCAGGGAAAAGGGAUGAGGACAGGAGACCUAAAAAACAAAGUCCCCAGCAGUGGGACUGCGAAGCACUGCAUUAUUUAUUUCUAGUCUAUGCCAAGCAAAAAAUGAAUGACAGUUUAAUAGAAACUUUUAAAAAAGUAUUUACAUAUAUAUAUAUAUAUAAAGAGAAACUCAGUAUGGCAGCUUAGCUUGACAUGGUGCCAGGAUGGGAAAAAAGUUACACUCUGCUUCUCAGUAUUCUUUGAUAUUUGUUAAUGUAUCUCCGUAACAGCUGCUCUGUAGCAUCCAUGUUGCAUUGUAACCUCUGUGUGUGGAUUAAAUACCAGCCUUCAUUUACUA